AUGGCCGCAGCCGGCGCGCGGGCACAAAAGCCCGUCGGCUCUGCCGCAUGGAUCGCGGCAGAGAAAGAGAACGUGACGGAGCUGCUCGAACAAGAGAUGGAGGAGGUCGAAUACCCCGUUCGACACGAAAUGGAUUGGUUGAACGAACAUAUGACGGAGAUCUUCUCUAACGGCCAAGCAAACUUUACGGAUGUGUUCAAAACCCCUGGGAAGAUGAGAGGCAAGACUCCUCGCACAGCUCGGAAGCGAAAUGCGGAAGAAAACCGAGUGCCACUGAGCGAGAUAUUCUCAUCUGCUCAUAAACAAACGGAGAACAAUACUAUCAGUCCCAGUCCGUUCAUUCACCGUGUGAUCUCGAAAACAGCCGCCUCCGCGGCCCCGGCUACAACAUCAGCCGCUCCCCGCAUCAACGAAGUAGGAAAGAUGUCACACCCCCAAUAUCCAGACCUCAGUCAGAACUUGAACUCUUUCCCGAAGUAUAAUACAGACUCGGGCUAUUAUGGCAUGGAGGAUGACGACGACGUGGUUUUGCCAGGCUCGCAACCAGACACUCAGAUGUCUACACAACCUUUGGAGGCGGACGAGCCCCUGGAAGUGAAUACCCAGGCCGAUGUCUCGAUAAGCCAGCAGACGGCAGACGACUCAUUCCAUUCUGCGCAGGAGAAUGUUCGUGCCCGCGGGGAGACUGUCGAGCCGAUCAAUACAGAUACGACCCCGAGGCAAGAGCGUACUACCCGCUCGAAGGAGACUCGUUCUAAGGAGGCCAAAUCCAAAGAUGUGGAAUCUGAGGUGACCACCACACCUACAGUCACGGCACAGCCAAAGCACAAGCAACAAGAGAGAGCAGCGAUUCAACAGAAAGCCAAGCCGCAAAAGGUUGACGAGCUGACUUCGAAGUCUAACCCUUCACCGAAGCAGGCCUCGGCCGCUGAGCCUCCCAAGGCGCAAGAACCCCAAUAUGAGGGCGUGGAAAUGGAAGAGACCGCAAUGGAAGAGGCAACAAAGGAAGACACUGUUCUUGACGAUAUUGACGAUAUCGGAUCCCCCUCGGACGGUUCUACUCCCGAAAGGCUGCCAGUGCGGAAGAGCAGUCUGAGUUUCGCCUCUCUCCCUGCGCGGGAACCUCUUACCAAGAGCAUGGGAGGCUCAAGACUCUCUCGUACUAGUCACAUUGACCUUCCCAAGCUCAACAACGCGAGUCGCCUCAGCUACUUUGGACGACAAACUGGAGGCCAUAAAACAGCACAGGCUACAUCCGAUGAUAAUGUUGCCGAUUCCGGCUCUAUGGAUGUCGAUGAUGAGAAAGAGCAAGGCGAGGACACGGAUAUGGAUCCGGCUAGCAAAAUGCAGAACAAGAAGUCUGCGCAAAGCCUCCAUGAAAGGAUCAGCAUGCUCGGCAAACACCAUCCAUCUCGACCCGGAAAGUCAAUUCCAUCCAUCGCUGGCUUAUCUACUGGCCAGUCUGCUGUUCAGGUAGCCUAUCCAGACUUGCCAGCCUCCAAGCCAGAGGCAAAGCAAGAGUCCAGCCAGAAGACGCGUGAGCCCGUGGCGCCGGAACCAACAGUGGGUGAUGAGGGCGACUGGAUCAAGCCUUUGGGCUCGCCCAGCCGACCGACCCUUUCGAAAAGUAAGACUACGGACGUCAUGGAGAAACUCUUUGAUAUGGAUCGAGACUCGGCGGCCGGAAAGAAAGACGCUUCUUCGGAGAAGAAACAGCAUUCUGCAGAGUCGGAGCGGCCCAAGACAGCAACUUCAAUUUUCUCAUCUCCUCGCCCACGUGGUCACCAGCAAAGCGCAUCUACGUCUAAUAUUGCUGUUGCUACCUCCUCCUCCACCACUCCUACUGGAUCUCCUAGGCGCUUCGACGGACCGCUAAGUGCUUCAAAGAUGAGACUUCAGUCCAUCAUGAAGUCUGCCAAGGGCCUGUUCUCCAGCACUGGCAGCACAGGAAGAGUCGACAAUUCGUCUCCCAAGCAGACAAGCGCUGAAGUCGAUGAUAAAUAUGAUCAAGAAGGAACCCAGUCGCACCAGAUCUCUAGCCCACCACGACAAGAGACCCGCCGGACACGAAGCUCCACUGAGAAGGAAGAGAAGCGUCUGCAGAAGGAGCGCGAGGACCGUGAGGAACGUGAGGAGCGCCAGGAAGAAGAGGCACGGCAGGAGAAAGCCCGGGAGCAGGAGAGACAACGAGCUCAACAACUCAAGGCUGCUGAAGAUAAGUCGUCUGUCGAGCCGGAGGAGCGAGCAUCGCAGAAGUCGACGCAAUCGCAGCGACAACAGCCUCGCAGGCCUGAGUCGACCCAUGAGAGUUCCAAAUACUCCAUUCCCCAACUCAAGCAAAACGAUCGUCGCCCCAAGCCGACCCGUGAACCGGUCCAAAAACCCGAGCCCCAGCCGGUCUCGAUUCGCGUGGGAAGUACACUAUCCCGUAUGCCAAUGCCCUCAUCUUCAGUUUCGAGCGUCCAAGAGACAAAUGCUCCUGCCCCUGCCCCUAUGCCCAAGACAACCCUGAAGAAGAAGGCCAGCAACCAAUCACUUCAAACCUCUUCCUCCACGGGCAGCUUCAAGAGCACCAUCUCCAGUCAAACGCAACCGCAGCGCAAGGCUCAGCUCGCAAGUGAAAGGAAGAGGGAACAGGAAGAGCGCCGAAAGGAAGAGCAAAAGCGUGAGCAGGAACGCAAGCGCGCAGCUCAACAACAACAGGAAGAGGCUCGUCGGCAAGAGAUGCGCAGUCGUGCUGAGAGUCGUGCCGAAAGUCGUGCCGAAGCUGAGCGAGAGCGUCGGGAGCGAUCUGCUCAGGAAGACCCCAAGAAGGCUGCUCAGAUGCAAGCGAUUGAAAAGCGACGACUGGAGAAUGCCCGGAGGCACGAGAGACAGGGUAGCCAGCAGGCCACCAAUGAGGGUCCGAUGCUGCAGCACGAGAGGGCGCCCUCUCAGUCUCAACGGAAUGAUCUGGGAGCGACGAGACCGCCAUCUCGCUUGGGCUCAACCCAGCAGUAUCGACCAAUCAACCCGCCGGCUCCCAACCCAGCCAAGCCGCCCAAGAGGCCCCAGGACGAAGAAGGUGGUCAUCGUCCAGCAGUUACCAAGCCUAGUAAUGUGCAGGCUUCUGGUGAAUUCAAGCGACGGAAGACGGACGAUGAACACAACCCUAUGCAGUCGGUGCGACCUCCGAUGCAGCCGCCGAUCCGCCAGUCUGGUGCUCGCAAGGCCCCGUCUAUGUUUGGGUUGUCCGGCAUGGGACAACCACCUUCAAAGUAUCCGCCGCCCCAGCGGCCCCUUCACCCUGGGGAUCACUCCAAAUAUGCGACAGGUAAGAUUCCGUUUGCCGAGCCAAUUCACGCUCCGCCACCUGCGCAGAAGCCGUCUGCACCGAGCUCUGCUCAGCGACCCCCGCCCGUGGCAAAGCCAUCGCCGAAAUACCCCAAUGGUGAGAACAUCCACCUUCCUGAAAUCGCCACGGACAGCGAGGACGAGGACUCGGACUCUGAAUUGCUCCCCGUACCCAACUGGGCCCAGCCCAAGGUGCUGGAGGAUCUUCUGCGUCACCAGGACGGAAUGGAAGUCGACUCGAUCUUCGGUCCUAUUGCACCCUUCUCUUUGGAGGACACCUUCAAGACCGACAAGAGGAUCAAGAAAUUCCGUGACCGCACCAGUAGUGCAAACUGGAAUGGACCGGACGGACUUACCCAGGAUGAGAUUCGGAAAGACAUCGCAGAGCGACAACGGCUACGGCUCAACGGCGGAUGGUCCUUCAAUUCAUGA